GCCUGAUGUUUCUGGGCGGGUUCCCUCGCUGCCACUAAGCUUUUUAUCUGCUUUAUAUUGUCCCUAACGGCCACUUUGUUCUAUAAAUUCUAAUUUGCAUCUGUCCCCACGCCACAAGGAACAUGACAUGUGCUGACUUGGGUGCAUGCUGAAGGUAACCUGGAACUUCUGCUGUCUCUGCGGCUGCUGGAGGCUGUGCGCUCUGGGGGACCUUUUGGAGCCAACAGAUCCGAGCCAGGGGAGUGAGUGUGCAGUGGAUCAGGAGAAGGAGCCCCUGUGAGCAGCACCAAGAUGCGGCUGGGAAGCCUGCUGAGGCUGGCUGCUGGAUUUAUAGUGUUCCUGUCCUCCAGUGCAAAUCAGGCUGCGGACAAAGAUGUGAGCCUUGUGACAGUGAAGGAUGCCAGAGCCACCAGGGCUAAGAGAAGGGGUGGAAGUGCUGGAGCAGCGCAUGAUGUGCUCAAAGGGCCCAAUGUUUGCGGAUCUCGUUACAAUGCCUACUGUUGUCCUGGAUGGAAGACUUUACCUGGAGGGAAUCAGUGUAUUGUCCCCAUUUGUCGUAACUCCUGUGGUGAUGGAUUCUGCUCGCGGCCGAAUAUGUGCACAUGUCCAACUGGUCAGGCAGCCCCAUCAUGUGGAUCUAAAUCGGUCCAACACUGUAACGUCAGAUGUAUGAAUGGUGGAACCUGCAGUGACGAACAUUGCCAGUGUCACAAGGGUUAUACAGGGCCGCACUGUGGCCAGCCUGUUUGUGAACAUGGUUGUUUAAAUGGUGGUCGAUGUGUAGCUCCAAACCGAUGUGCCUGCCCGUAUGGCUUUACCGGACCGCAGUGUGAAAGAGAUUACAGGACAGGACCUUGCUUCGCUGUUGUGAGUAACCAAAUGUGCCAAGGACAGCUGAGCGGUAUAGUGUGUACAAAGACUCUGUGCUGUGCAACAGUUGGGAGAGCGUGGGGCCACCCUUGUGAGAUGUGCCCAGCCCAACCACAUCCCUGUCGACGCGGCUUUAUUCCAAACAUCCGAACAGGAGCGUGUCAAGAUGUGGAUGAAUGCCAAGCUAUCCCUGGAAUGUGUCAAGGAGGAAAUUGCAUUAAUACUGUUGGAUCUUUUGAGUGCAAAUGCCCAGCUGGACACAAAUUUAGUGAUCUAACACAAAAAUGUGAAGAUAUUGAUGAGUGUAGCACAAUACCAGGGAUCUGCGAAUCGGGGGAAUGUUCGAACACACCGGGAAGUUACUUCUGCAAAUGCCCACCAGGGUUUUUUACAUCAGCAGAUGGAUCUAGAUGUAUAGAUUUUCGCCCCGGAUAUUGUUUCACAUCCUUAGCUAAUGGGCGCUGUGCCAACCAGCUCCCGCAACUCAUGCCGAAAACACAGUGCUGCUGUGAAACUGGAAGAUGCUGGUCCUCAGGAGUAUCCGCUCCACAUGAAGUAUGCCCGUUGCGUGGGACAGAUGAAUAUCGCAAGCUGUGCACAAUAUCUUGGUCACGUCCUGGUCAAUUUCCCGGUCCAGAGAUAGGACCAGGCCCAGUAUAUCCUCCUCCAAUAGGUCCUGUAGUACCACCUGUCUACCCUCCUGUGUUUCCACCACCACGAUACCCUGGCCCAACUCGUGAUUCUCAUGUUAUUCUCCCAGUAAAUAUAACACAUCUACAGCCGAUAACAGACUACUGUGUGUCAUUCCGUAACCUGUGCAUACACGGCCGUUGCAUUCCCACACCUGGAAGCUAUCGUUGUGAAUGUAACAAAGGAUUCCAAUUAGAUGGAAGAGAAGUAUGCAUUGAUACGGACGAGUGUGAAACAAGUCCUUGCCGUCAUGCAGACUGUGUAAAUACACAGGGAUCAUACAUCUGCAAGUGCUACGCUGGCUUCCAAAGUACAUCAACACGUACAGAAUGCAAAGACAUUGAUGAGUGCUUACAAAAUGGGAGGAUCUGUAACAACGGUCGAUGUGUGAAUACAGAUGGCAGUUUCCACUGUGUGUGCAAUGCAGGUUUCCAAGUGGCGCCUGAUGGGAAGAAUUGUCAAGAUAUGGAUGAAUGCAGUGUGAGAAACAUGUGCUUAAAUGGAAUGUGCAUUAAUGAAGAUGGAAGUUUUAAAUGUAUUUGCAAACCUGGCUUCCAGCUUGCACCAAAUGGACGUUUUUGCACAGAUAUUGAUGAGUGUGAAAUAGCAGGCAUCUGCAUGAAUGGCCACUGUGUAAACACAGAAGGUUCCUUCAGGUGUGAAUGCUUCCCUGGUCUUGCAGUCGGACUUGAUGGACGCGUGUGUGUAGACACUCACAUGAGGAGCACAUGCUAUGGUGGCUACAAGAGAGGCCAGUGUGUUCGGCCACUACUGGGGGCAGUGACUAAAUCCGAGUGCUGUUGCGCCAACAUUGAAUUUGCCUUUGGUGAACCAUGCCAACCAUGCCCAGCUAAGAUGUCAGAUGAGUAUCAGGCAUUAUGUAGCAGUGGGCCAGGAAUUACAUCUGCAGGUUCUGAUAUCAAUGAAUGUGCCCUCGAUCCUGACAUUUGUCCUAAUGGAGUCUGUGAGAACCUCCAUGGAACCUACAAAUGCAUCUGUAAUGCUGGCUAUGAUGUGGAACGUACUGGAAAGAGUUGCAUUGAUAUUGAUGAAUGCGCAUUGAACAGACUGCUCUGUGACAAUGGACAAUGUCGUAACACUCCGGGAAGCUUCUCUUGUACCUGUCCUAAAGGAUAUGUCUUUAAACCUGACCUGAAAACUUGCGAAGAUGUUGAUGAGUGUGAAUCCAAUCCCUGCAUCAAUGGGAUAUGCAAAAAUAUCCCAGGAUCUUUUGUGUGUGACUGUCCCACUGGAAGUACGCUGGAUAAAACAAAGACAAUUUGCAUUGAAACGGUGAUGGGUACAUGCUGGAAAGACAUAGUGAACGACAGAUGUGAAGUUAACAUAAAUGGGGCCACUCUGAGAUCACAGUGUUGUUCAACGUUGGGAGCAGCUUGGGGAAGUCCGUGCUUACCUUGUGAAACAGAUCCUGUCUGCGCAAGAGGUUUUGCAAGGUCCAGAGGCACGCAGUGUGAAGAUGUUAACGAGUGUGAUGUGUUCCGUGGACUGUGCACCAAUGGUCAAUGUGUUAACACAUUGGGAUCUUUUGUCUGUCAGUGCCCCACUGGGAUGACGCUGGAUUCUUCUGGACGCACGUGUCUUGACAUCCGUUUGGAGACUUGCUACCUAAAACAUGAGGAUGAGGAGUGUUCUGCAGCUAUCGCUGGUCGCCACCGGAUGGAUGCCUGUUGCUGCUCUGUUGGGGCUGCCUGGGGAUUUGAUUGUGAGGAGUGUCCACCUGUGGGAACUCUGGAGUUUGCGACCCUUUGCCCCAGGGGACCUGGAUUUGCACCUAAAGAGAUAACACCCGGGAAAAUAAUUUCCAAAGACAUCAAUGAAUGUAAAAUGAUCCCAAGUCUGUGCAAGUACGGGAAAUGCAGAAACACGAUAGGCAGCUUCAAGUGCCGAUGUGACGUUGGCUUUGCGCUGGAUGCUGAAGAAAGAAACUGCACAGAUAUUGAUGAAUGCAGAAUAUCACCUGAUGUUUGUGGGCAAGGCAACUGCAUUAACACUCCAGGAGACUUUGAGUGUCACUGCUUCGAAGGCUAUGAAACUGGAUUCAUGAUGAUGAAGAAUUGUAUGGAUAUUGAUGAGUGUGAAAGGAACCCACUCUUGUGUCGCAAUGGCAUCUGUCACAACACAGAGGGAAGUUUUAAAUGUGAAUGUCCUCCUGGACAUGAGGUAUCAGCUGAUGGUUCCGCUUGCAUAGAUAUCAAUGAGUGUGAACUCGGCAUGCAGCUGUGCAGAUAUGGUCGAUGUAUAAACUUGAUCGGUACAUACCAAUGUGAAUGUGACAUUGGAUAUCAACAAUCACCUGAUAGACUGUCCUGUGUUGAUAUUGAUGAGUGUGAGCGUUUCAAUGGAGGAUGUGACACAAACUGUACAAACUCUCAAGGAAGUUAUGAAUGUAGCUGCUCAGAAGGUUAUGCCUUAAUGCCGGACCACAGAACCUGUAUCGAUAUUGAUGAGUGUGAAAAUAAUCCAAAUAUCUGUGACGGAGGACAAUGCACAAACAUACCUGGGGAAUACCGCUGUCUUUGCUUUGAUGGUUAUAUGGCGUCUAUUGAUAUGAAGACUUGUCUAGAUGUGGAUGAAUGUGAGCUUCAUUUAAACAUUUGUCUAAGUGGAAGUUGUGAGAACACCAGAGGCUCAUUCAUCUGCCAUUGCAAUCCCGGCUACUCUGGCAAGAAAGGAAUCACCGGAUGCACAGAUAUCAAUGAAUGUGAGAUCGGUGCCCACAACUGUGAUAGACAUGCCAUGUGUACCAACACUCCUGGAAGCUUUAAAUGCAGCUGCAGCCCCGGAUGGGUAGGAACCGGUGUCAAGUGCACAGACAUUGACGAAUGUUCAAAUGGGACACAUUCAUGUGAUGUUAAUGCGAAUUGCAAGAACACCAUGGGAUCAUAUCGCUGUCUAUGCAAGGAAGGAUUUUCAGGAGAUGGAUUUGUUUGCACAGAUAUUGAUGAGUGCACAGAGAAUCUGAAUCUAUGCGGAAAUGGUCAGUGUCUCAACGUCGCUGGAGGAUACCGCUGUGACUGCGAUAUGGGAUUCUUACCGAGCACUGAUGGAAAAGCAUGUGAAGAUAUUGAUGAAUGCGCUCUUCCCAACAUCUGCGUUUAUGGCACUUGCAAAAAUCUCCCUGGUCUCUUCAGAUGUGAUUGUGACUCAGGAUAUGAACUAGACAGAACUGGCGGCAACUGCACAGAUGUGGAUGAAUGUGCUGAUCCAACAACAUGUAUUAGUGGGUCAUGUGAGAACACCCCUGGCAGUUACAAUUGUGAAUGCCCCCCGGAUUUCCAGCUUAACCCUACGCGAGUUGGAUGUGUUGACACUCGGUCUGGCAACUGCUACCUGGAGGUAAAGUCACGGGGAGAUAACGGAGACCAGUCCUGCAGUAAUGAGAUCGGUGUAAGUGUGUCCAAGGCUUCGUGCUGUUGCUCACUUGGGAAAGGCUGGGGAACGCCAUGUGAGCUUUGCCCGCCUGCUAAUUCUAGUGAUUACAAAGCUCUGUGUCCCGGAGGAGAAGGUUUCAGGCCAAAUCCUAUUACUGUUAUUUUGGAAGAUAUCGAUGAAUGUUUAGAGUUGCCAGGUUUAUGCCAAGGUGGAAAGUGCAUAAACACCUUCGGUAGCUUCCAGUGUCGUUGUCCACCUGGCUUUUUCCUUAAUGAAGACACCCGUGUUUGUGAUGAUGUCAACGAAUGCGAGCAGCCUGGAAUAUGUGGCCCUGGAACCUGUUACAACACUGUGGGAAAUUACACAUGUAUAUGUCCGCCUGACUACAUGCAAGUAAAUGGAGGAAACAAUUGUAUGGACAUGAGAAGGAGUCUGUGCUUCAGGAAUUAUUAUGCCGACAAUCAGACUUGUGAUGGAGAAUUGCUUUACAACAUGACGAAAAAAAUGUGCUGCUGCUCAUACAAUAUUGGGCGUGCGUGGAACAGACCCUGCGAGGAAUGUCCUUUACCGACUACUGAUGAGUUUGCUGCACUGUGUGGAAGCACGCGGCCCGGCUUUGUCAUUGACAUUUACACAGGACUGCCAAUUGAUAUUGAUGAAUGCAGAGAAAUCCCUGGGGUUUGUGAAAAUGGCGUUUGUAUAAACAUGGUGGGGAGCUUCCGAUGCGAAUGCCCAAUGGGAUUUGUCUACAAUGACAAGUUGCUGAUCUGUGAAGACAUUGAUGAAUGCCAGAAUGGAUUUGUUUGUCAUAAGAACGCAGACUGUAUUAAUACAGCAGGGAGCUACCGUUGUGACUGCAAACCUGGCUACAAGUUCACAUCCACAGGACAAUGCAUUGAUCGCAAUGAGUGUCAGGAAAUUCCAAACGUUUGCAGCCAUGGAGUAUGCAAUGACAAGGUCGGAGGAUAUUUCUGCGUUUGCCACAAUGGAUUUAAAACCAGUGAUGAUCAGACAAUGUGUUUGGAUAUUAAUGAGUGUGAAAGAGAUCCUUGUGGGAAUGGAACAUGUAGGAACACAAUCGGUUCUUAUAACUGCCGUUGUCACGACGGGUUCAUUCUGUCUCCCAACAAUGACUGCAUUGAUAUAGAUGAAUGUGCCACCCUGAAUGGGCAGUUAUGUAGAAAUGGACAGUGCGUCAAUAUCAUUGGCUCUUUCCAGUGUGUCUGUAAUGAGGGAUUUGAGAUGGCAUCCGAUGGGAGAACAUGUCUUGAUAUCAAUGAGUGCGCCCUUGAUCCUGGAUUGUGUGCUCCUGGAACGUGUCAAAAUCUGGAUGGCUCGUACCGCUGCAUCUGUCCUCCUGGAUAUGUUCUGAAAGAUGACAAAUGUGAAGACAUUGACGAAUGUGUUGAGGAGCCAGAGAUCUGUGCUCUAGGGACUUGCAGCAAUACCCCUGGCAGCUUCUCCUGUCUGUGCCCAGAGGGGUUUGUGCUAUCAUCAACUGGACGGCGAUGCCAAGAUCUAAGACUUGGGUUCUGCUAUUCCAAAUUUGAAGAUGGGAAGUGUAUUUCCCCGAAGGCCCAAAAUCACUCAAAACAGGAAUGUUGCUGUGCAAUGAAGGAGGCUGGAUGGGGAUCUCCGUGUGAAUUGUGCCCUGUGGAAGGAGAUGAGGCUUUCCGAGAGAUCUGUCCAUUUGGAUCUGGCGUGGUUGUCGGACCAAACGAUGAGCGAAUCGACAUGGAUGAAUGUACUAUUCCAGACAAAUGCAAGAAUGGAAUAUGUAUCAACACAGACGGUUCCUAUCGAUGUGAAUGUUCCUUUGGAUAUAUACUUACAGGAGACGAGUGCAUAGAUACUGAUGAGUGCGCUGUCGGAAAUCCAUGUGGAAAUGGAACUUGCAAGAAUGUGAUUGGUGGGUUUGAGUGCACAUGUGAAGAAGGCUUCGAGCCGGGACCAAUGAUGGCGUGUGAAGAUGUCAAUGAGUGUGCACAAAAUCCUUUGUUGUGCGCUUUCCGCUGUGUUAACACCUACGGCUCCUAUGAAUGCAAGUGUCCAGCGGGUUAUGUGCUCCGAGAAGACAAGAGAAUGUGCAAGGAUCAGGAUGAGUGUGAAGAUGGGCUUCAUGACUGUGACUCUAAACAGAUGACCUGCAAAAAUCUUAUUGGAACAUUUAUGUGUAUAUGUGGACCUGGGUAUCAACGUAGGCCAGACGGUGAAGGAUGUAUGGAUCUGAACGAAUGCAGUAAGCCGGGACUAUGUGAAAAUGGAAAAUGUCUGAACACUGUCGGCAGCUACAGGUGUGAGUGCGCGGACGGAUUCAAUGCCAGCGCUACAGAGACAGAAUGUAUUGACAACAGGCUGGGAUAUUGCUUCACUGAAGUAUUACACACCAUGUGCCAGCUGGGAUCCUCUACACAGAACUCUGUCACCAAGUCUGAAUGUUGUUGUAAUGCUGGCAGAGGCUGGGGUAUUACCUGUGAGAUCUGCCCCUUCCCUGGCACUGUUCAGUUUAAAAAACUUUGCCCUUACGGCAAAGGGUACACGACUGGAGGAGAAGAUAUAGAUGAGUGUCACGUGCUACAUGGAAUCUGUCGCAAUGGACAGUGCAUCAAUCAAAGAGGAUCAUACAAGUGUCAGUGCAAUCUAGGCUAUACCCCGGAUGUGACAGGCACCUUAUGCAUAGAUCUUGAUGAAUGUGUCCAGUCUCCCAAGCCCUGCAACUUUAUCUGCAAAAAUACUCCUGGAAGCUUCCAGUGUUCUUGCCCUCGCGGCUAUGUCCUGCAAGAGGACGGGAGAAGCUGCAAAGAUCUUGAUGAAUGUGCAACCAAACAACAUAACUGCCAGUUUAUUUGUGUCAACACCUUGGGAGGAUUCACAUGCAAAUGCCCACCUGGAUUCACACAACAUCAUAGCGCUUGUAUUGAUAACAACGAGUGUUCUGAAAUGGGCUUGUGUGGUGCUAAAGGCAUUUGCCAGAACACUCCUGGGAGCUACACUUGUGAGUGUCAGCGUGGAUUUUCUCUUGACCAGAGUGGAGCAGCAUGUGAAGAUGUGGAUGAAUGUGACGGAAGCCAUCGGUGUCAGCAUGGGUGUCAGAACAUCAUAGGAGGAUAUAGGUGCAGCUGUCCACAAGGCUACUUACAACACUACCAGUGGAACCAGUGUGUGGAUGAGAAUGAAUGCAUGAGCAGCCAUGCAUGUGGAGGAGCCUCAUGCCACAACACAUUGGGAAGCUUUAAGUGCAUAUGUCCGACAGGAUUUCAUUUUGAACAGUUUGGUGGUUCUUGUCAAGAUGUCAACGAGUGCAGCUCCUCUCAAGCCCCAUGUAGCUACGGCUGUUCCAAUACAGAAGGCGGUUAUGUGUGUGGCUGCCCACCUGGAUACUUCAGAAUAGGACAAGGACACUGUGUAACGGGAGCAGGUUUAAGUGGAGCUCAGGAUAUGGCAGUCAGUGGGGAAAUUGAUGACAACUCCCUAUCCCCAGAAGCUUGCUACGAUUGUAAGAUCAAUGGCUAUCCCAAGAGGGGAAGGAAGCGGAGGAGUACCAAUGACACUGCUUCAAAUGAUGAUGAGGAGCAGCUUGUAUUGGAAGCGCCUGUUAGCCUUGCGAGUUGGGAUAUUGAAAAACCUGCAAUCCUCUCCUUUAACGUCUCCCACCUAAACACCAGAGACCGAAUUCUGGAGCUGACGCCAGCUCUCACCACUCUGAAACAUCACAACAAAUAUGUGAUAGACUCUGGAAACGAAGGUGGUUUAUUUAGGCUCAACCAGAAAGAAGGAAUCAGUUACCUGCAUCUGACCAAGAAGAAGCCGUUGGCUGGUGUAUAUAACCUGGAGAUCAGCAGUUUUCCUCUUUACAAGGAGAAAGAGCUUAUCCAGCUUGAAGACAGACACGACAGAGACUACCUCACCGGUGAAUUGGGUGACAUUCUUAAAAUGAAAAUUCAAAUCCUCCUCCAUUAGUUUCAUGAACCAAAGACGAGAAAAAUAAAACCAAAGAUUGAUAAGUAAACAUGAAUGUUCCCUCCCCAACAUCACUGAUUUCCCAUAGCAUAGGUACAAGGCAAGCCCUUUAUAACUAAGUUUCUAUGAAUUAAAAAGCACUUUCUUCUCAUAUAUGCAAGGUACAGGAUCAUUAUCCCAGCUCAACACAACCACUUUCUCAGGCUUCUUAUAUAGUACGCAGCUGAGCUACCUUGAUAUGGUGAACACGCCGAUUUUAAACUUGGGGACUUUUCCAUUGGAAGUUGGCCUUUGAUGCUGAAAGAUUUCAGCAGAGGUACACGUAGUUGUUCUCAUGUUGGACUUCUCUGGUUUGUAAAUUCAAAGUUUUCCAUGACAUCUACAAGUCGCUAAGCCAGACAUUUUUUUGGAGAUCUUUUGGUGCUAGUAACUUUUUUUAAAUAACUUUUUUUUUUUAAAUAAAUGCACUGUAAUAUUUACACAAUUUAGAAGCCAACCAUUACUCUGUCUAAACCUCAUUUUUAUUUUACUUACAAACUCAACCAAAAUUAGCUUUAGUUUAUCUCAAUUAUCUCUAUAUGUCAUGAAAAUGACAUGUGUGUAUACUGUAACCAAGCAUUUAUUUAUCCUCGGAGCAAUUGUAAACUAUAUAAAAAAAAGACCUAAAGUGGGGUUUGGGUUUUUUUUAAUGGUGCUUAUAAAGACCAACUACUUGUCUACACAGCCUAGUGGUGCAAUUUCUAUGACUAGGUGAAUGCACUGAGGUCAGGAAACAAUACACAUUAUCAGCGGAAGUUCAGUGCCAUCCUAUAACAUGCAAUAUGCAGUACGUUGCACAUCAGUAGUACCCAGUGGCAUUUUUACAAAGGGCUCAGCAUCAGGAUAGAACCGUUCUACUUUAUUGUAUUGCAUUUUUGAAGGAAAUCAAAUCUCAGUUAAAGCUACAUAGUUUGGUUACACCAUGCAUAAAUUUUCUUAUCAUACAAAUACUAUAACUGUAUGUUUCAUAUAAUGUUGUCAGGAAGACCUAGCCUGUAUUGCUUUCCUGUAAUGUCCUGUGGUACUCAGUUUUGCAUAACUAAAUCAAAACAGCUGUCUUUCAUGUGUGUGAAGAAGUAAAAUCCAUUAAAUGUACAAAAUAAAUCAGCAGCCAAUCUACUGCUGUGACUGUUACAAGGAGAA